UUUGAGGUAUUAGAAAAAUUAGAAAUCGAAACUGGUUUAAUUAAAAACUUUCGAAUUUUUCCACAACUAAAAGUGUUGAAAUUGAAGCUUGUAAAAGUGUUGACUUUCGAUUCAAUUGUGCAAAUAAUUCCAAAAGUUGAAGAAAUCGAAUUAGUCAAUAUAAACGGCUUCACCGACGAUAUGUUGAUUGAGUUUUUAACCAAAAAUCCACAGUUGCGUCGAUUUAAAGUUGAAGGUUGUAAACGAGUUUCGUCGUCGAUUUUACGAGACAUCAGCAUUCGUGUACCACACCUUGUCAGUUUGCAUAUCAUGUUUUUUAAUCCAUUUUUUGAAAACGAUGACCUUUUGCACAUUGCCAAUUUGCGGCAGUUAAAAUGCCUUGGAAUUUAUUGCAAUCGAUUUUCAGCGAAAUCUUUGAUUGAAUUGUUGGUGAAAAAUAACGUGCAAUUGGAGAGUUUGAGCAUAAAUGGAUAUGGAAAUAGUUUGGCUGAAGCAAUUUUGAAUUUAAAUUUACUAAAGCAUUUGGAUGUUGGCAAUGUUUCCGAAGAGAUUUUCAUUCGAUUCGUUGAAAUACUUUCAUCAUUGGAAGAAAUACGAGUUCAAUGCAACGAUAUUACACCAGAUGGAAUGGAGACGAUUUUAAAGUGUGGCAAACACUUAACGAAGCUUACCAUCGUCAGUGGAUGCCAGAUGACUGUGGAUUUGGAUAUCUAUAACUCCAUUUUGAUAUUGGCCAAAGAUCGUGUACGUGUUUUAUUGAUGAUACGCACUGAUGAAAUAACAUUGAAGAAAACAUUGAAUUACAACCGAGAUUGGCUGAAUAUUUGCUAUUUUUAGAUUCGGAACAUUCAAACUGCAUUGACUUUGUUAAAAUCGAAAGUUUUACAUUUACCUUCCAAGUGGACUUAAAAGGUUUCACGAUUGCAUGAGAUAAAAUAAUUUCAAGUCCAUGAAAGAAGGUGUAGUGUAAGUUCCGAGGGAACUUCCGGAAAGUGAGAAAUAUCUGAUGAAAAAGAAUCAAGUGUCAAAUGAUGAAGCAUCAAUUUUCCGUCUAAACAUCGAUUGUUUGGAGGAAAUCUUCGAAUAUCUAUCACUGAUUGAGGUGACUGCAAUGGGUGAAACGUGCAAGCAGAUGCAGCAAAUCGCCGGCGAAUAUUUCCAACGAAAUUAUAAAUCGGCAGAAAAAUUUAGCGCCAUCGAUGGCAUUUAUACCGUUUAUACAAAACGUCAAGGUGUCAUGAACCAACGUACUCAAACGUCAAUUUUUAAUCAAUUCAUCAAUUACAUUUCACAUUACUACGAAGAAAUCGAACCGCUUUAUUACAUUCAAUUACACGGUGAUAACUUAAGUUCAAUCAAUCAUCUUUACCUUGUGUGCCUUACAAUCGAUGCAAUCAAAUUGGAAUGUUUACAAACCGUACUUUCAAAAAUCGAAAUACUUCAAUUGAAACAAUGUAGGAUGUUCGGUGAUUUUAACGAUGGUUUUCUGAAAUAUUGUAAGAAAUUGAAGCGACUUUACAUUCAAGAUGAUCUCGGCGAUAUUGUGGACGAAAAUGGAAAUCCAUGGCUACUUCGUCAGUAUAAAACGCUUGAAUUUAUGCAGAUGACGCUUCGAUAUCCGUUUAAAAUUUUAGAAUUAAGCACAUUUUUUGAGAGAAACCCGUCGAUUCGCGGAUUUUCAACUAGUUCGAGGUGUCUUUGGGAGAAUCGACACGAACUUUUGAAGUCGAAUAUACAACUUGACCGAUUGGAAAUUCAAAUGUUAGACAAUUUUUAUCGACAAUUCAUCGACAUUCGGCUGAUUUGUGAACUAUUGAAUCAACUACAUGCGAGGGGUUUUUAUCAGCGAUUGCAUUUAUAUGUUAAACGCAUUGAUAUGAAAUCAAGCGAGCUAUUGACGAUGUUGGGCGGCCUUGAGCAUUUAUCGAUCAAACAAUUCAACGAAAGUUUCAGCAUACACAAAUUGAUUCACCUAAAAGAACUAACCAUUUUUGAUGGUGCAUGCACAAGUGAGAUGGAUAUUUUGGCCACGGGUUUGAUUAGUCUCGAAAGAAUUCAAAUUCAAAACGCAGCGUUUAAUGACAUUCGUCCAUUUAUUCGUCGAUCAAUGAAAUUGAGUAAAUUGAAAUUAACACUGAAAAAUGAAACACACGAAAAAACAGUUGACAUAGUGACACUGAACGAAGAACGUAAACAAUUGAUUGGUGCUAGAAAAGUUACCAUUUAUCUUCCGGACCAUGUGUUUUUGGAGACUAAAUGGACAACCAAUAAUGGAAACACGAAUUUAAACAUGGUUGAAAUGAAGCGGGCCGACUCGUACGAUUGGGAGAAACGUUGCUGAAUGUUUGGU